AUGACGGACUUCCAGGAGCUGAUGAAGAAAGCCAAAGACUCAAUAGGGGAGGAGGAGGAGGAGGAAGAAGAAGAAGAAGAAGAUGAUGAUGAUGAUGAAGACAAGGCAGUUGAAGUGAAAAGCAUCCGGGAGCUGAUGAAGAUGCUCAAUGUCUUAACAGAGGAGGAGGAGGAGCAGGAGCAGGGAAAAGAUGAGGGCAAUGCAGCUGAAGAGAAAGAUCAGGAAAAAGAUGACAACAAUGCAGCUGAAGAGAAAGAUCAGGAAAAAGAUGACAACAAUGCAGCUGAAGAAAAAGCUCAGAAGGCGGAUGAAGAACAGGGUGAAAGUAGUGAAGAGAAGGAGGAAUAUUAUGGAGACGAUGAGAAAAAUGUGGUGCCAGUGUUUCCAUCUCUCAAGAAAUUCAAAGUGGCAUUGGAUUUCGAGGCUUGGGGGAAACUGUUGCAAGGUAUCAAACCCAGGGAGGUGAACUGAUCUCACACUAUACAGAGUGUACGUUUUCUCACUCUGCAGUUCCGCAUUAUACUCAGAGGGAGUAACAUACUGCAUAGGGCAGUAUGAGGGAGAGGGUGUCCUAGCUGUGUAUUUAGAGGGGGGGAACUUUUGUGUGGUUUUUAAAUAUAAUUUUUAUUAGUUUUCCAUUUAAUAAUAUAUAAUCACAUCAAUGUUACCCACUUUACCGCUCUGGCUCUUUUGAGCCUAUAGACUUCCUUCCCUCCCGGCUCAUAGCUUUCAAAGUAAACCUUUAUAUCAUUGCAUUUUAUACAUUUUCCAAUUCUGAUUAGCUGAUUGCAAAAGUCAUUGAAAUUUAUGUUAAAAUAAAAAGGGCGGAAAUUCUUCAUUACGAGUCUUCAGGGAACCCUGCUAGUGAUGUUAAUUGCUUACAGUAAUCUUUCAAAUAUCGUAUAAAUUUAUGUACUCCAGUCCUUUUGGAAUAUUUGAUCUUGCUGGUUUCAGAUUCUUCCUGUCAGCUUCGCCAAUUCCACAAAAUCCAUCAUCUGCCAAUCUUGUUUUCAUUGGCACUUUUGUUGUUUCCAUUUUGGGGUUGGAGAAUUCUUGCCGUUGUUGUUGCAUACAUAAAUACUGUACUUUUUUAUUUCCCUUUGGUAUCUCUUCACCCACUAUAACAGAAAAUAAAACUUUUUGAACUGUCA